UGCUAAGCACAAGAUUUGAACGGGAAAGGAUUCACAAAACAUCAAGAAACGUCUAACUCUCUUUACAUUUUCUCGUUGUUUGGUCCUUUUUAACCCUUACAUACAAGCCUUAGUAAACCUGGACUUACAGUAGAAAAAUCAGGUUGAUGACGAUGAGUUUAGGUGGUUUGGUUGGCUGUCUUCGAGCCUGUGUCUUAGCUUUUCUAAUCUGCGUCUUCCAACUUGGAGGUGUAACUGCAGCCAAACCAAAUAUCAUUUUCAUAGUUGCUGAUGACCUGGGAUGGAAUGAUGUCAGUUUCCAUGGCUCACCUCAGAUCCCAACCCCGAAUAUUGAUGAGCUGGCAAACAAGGGAGUCAUUUUGAAUAACUACUAUGUUCAACCAAUAUGUACUCCAACGAGAAGUGCAAUAAUGACUGGAAAAUAUCCUAUACAUACAGGUAUGCAGCAUAGUGUAAUAGAAGCCUCGCAGCCAUAUGGGCUGGGUCUUAAUGAGACGCUUCUACCUCAGUACUUGAAAAAAUUGGGAUAUGCUACUCAUGGAGUAGGCAAGUGGCAUCUUGGUUUUUUUGAGCGUGACUACACUCCAACGCACAGAGGAUUUGACUCAUUCUUUGGAUACUGGUGCGGUAAAAGCGAUUACUGGGAUCAUUCUAACAACGAGGUUGGAGGAUGGGGGCUUGAUCUUCAUGAUGGUGAUAAGAAUGUUUGGACGGAAUGGGGGCAGUACAGCACUGAAUUAUUUUCCAAAAAAGCUGUUGAUGUCAUCCAGUCUCACAACACUUCAGAUCCAUUGUUUCUGUACUUGGCUUUCCAAGCUGUUCACAGUGCUAACUACAUACAGCCCUUGCAGGCCCCUCCUAACUUGAUUGCAAAGUUUGGUGGCAUUAAGAACAUGCAGCGUAGGAUAUUUGCAGCCAUGGUAACAUCCAUGGAUCAGUCAAUAAAAAAGGAUGGAGUGGUUGGUAUCCACCACCAGGCCUYGAGGCCACCCAAAAACAACCCAAACCCACCACCCUAAAGAACGCAGUGGUAACAUGCACCAAGCCUCCACCAUUGACCGUUCAAUGUACCAAGGAGACUGGGCCCUGCCUGUUCGAUCUUUCAAGUGAUCCAUGUGAAUACGUAAACCAAGCUAAGAACCACCCUGAAGUACUCCAAAACAUGUUGCAGUGGCUUGAGAAGUACAAGAAUGACAUGGUGCCAAUACGAAAUAAGAAUUUCGACCCCGCUGCAAAUCCUAAUAACCGCGGUGGCGUGUGGGAUGCAUGGCGUUGAUGACUGAUUACAAUACUGGCCACCCUUACAAAGUCAACCAAUCAAACCUUGUCCUCUCUUUGUAAAUCAUUUUGUUAUGCAACCAGCACGUCCGCACUGUUAACGUUUUCCUACUAACUACAAAUUUUGGUGUUUCUACAAGAUAUUUGGGAAUCCUUUCGCAUAAGAAAGACCUUGUCCUAUCCAGGUCAUCUCGUUUUGAUAGCCGAUCAAAAACCAGCCAAUCAUCGCGCAGGAAGAAAUCUGAUCAGGCGGUCCAUCGAAAAAAACAUGGCGACCGAAGUCAGAAAAAAAUACUCUGAAUCUUUGCUUCCCUAGCUACGUUAUGAACUAGCAAUACAUUUAAAAUUCUACCCAUUAUUAAUCCUAUGGGGAAAAUUGUGCGUGUGGUUUCGAUUCUUUUAUAAAAUUAUCAUGAAAUGAUAGUUCUUUGUUCGCCGCUAAACAAGUGAAACUAGGACCGCCUGAUCAACUACAACAAUCCUUUGCGUGCGUUCCUCGAGAUCUCCAGGGCCCAGUUGUUCAAAGCCCGAUUAGUGCUAAUCCUGGGUUAACUCUUGAUAAGACCUAUAGAGAGUUAAUCAUGGAUUAGCGCUAAUCCAGCUUUGAACAACCCGGCCCUGGAUUUUCGUAAUUCAUUUUUCUUACGCGACCAGCACUUCCCAAAAAGACUGGGUUCUAGGCUCAGUUCCGUCAACAAAAUUUCCAAUGGCACAAGUUAUAAUUUGUUUAUAUUGACCAAGGAAGGCAAAAACGCAGACUUCUCAUGCUUUGUUGUGUUGGUCAAUUAUUUAUGAUAAUACUGUACAUGGGUUUAAUGUUAAAAUGACUAAACAAGGCUUCGUAUUCUUCUUUCAA